CUUCCCCUCGCCGCCGGGCCGACGCGCGGCUGAAGCCCCCGGCGGGGAGGAGCGGAGCGGGGUUUCGCCCGCCUGGGGGGGCGCCUCGUCUAGUUUGGUUUUUCCUACAUUGGAAGGGCAAAAGCGAAUACUGUUACCCGGCUUUAAACUUCCGCGCUCCGCUCUCCAGGACGCGCAUCCCGCCCGGCGGGGUGGGCGAGCCGGUGGUGGUGCUCCUGGAAGUGCUGAGCUGGGGUCAGCUGGAAGAUGACUGAAUACAAGCUGGUGGUGGUGGGAGCAGGUGGUGUUGGGAAGAGUGCUUUGACGAUACAGCUCAUUCAGAACCAUUUUGUUGAUGAGUAUGACCCCACGAUAGAGGAUUCCUACAGAAAGCAAGUAGUCAUCGAUGGAGAGACCUGUUUGUUAGACAUCUUGGACACUGCAGGGCAGGAGGAGUACAGUGCCAUGAGAGACCAGUACAUGAGAACGGGGGAAGGAUUCCUGUGUGUCUUCGCCAUCAACAACACCAAGUCCUUUGAAGAUAUUCACCAGUAUAGAGAGCAGAUCAAGAGGGUGAAAGACUCAGAUGAUGUCCCCAUGGUGCUGGUGGGGAAUAAAUGUGACCUCCCUGCGCGGACAGUGGAGACCCGGCAAGCGCAGGACCUGGCCCGGAGCUACGGGAUCCCCUACAUAGAAACGUCUGCCAAAACCAGACAGGGCGUUGAGGAUGCCUUCUACACCUUGGUGCGGGAGAUCCGGCAGCACAAGCUGCGCAAGCUGAAUCCCCCGGAUGAGAGCGGCCCCGGCUGCAUGAACUGUAAAUGUGUGGUAUCGUGACUAUGCUGUCUGGACCGUGUCUUGGCGAGGUUCCCACUGUGCAGUGUGCAAGGAAAGAGGUGAAGCAAAGGAAGCAGCAAACGGAUUCAGAGGAGGAGUACUGGGGGGGAGAGGAGCAGGACGAAGAGGACAGGGGGAGCAUGAGGCCCUCCAAGGACUAUCUCGCACUUCACCCAAGCCUGUGGCAAACAACUUCUUUUUUUUUUUUUUUAUCCCCAUCCCCUCAUCCUUUGGCCUCCUCCCACCCCGGCAACUGUACAAAGCCACAGAUUGAAUCACAGUAAAUUAUUAUUUGAUCGUCUCAACAAA